AUGAGCGACGACAAGCAGUAUAUCAGUUACAAUAACGUGCAUCAACUUUGCCAGGAAUCGGCAGAGCGGAUCAAGAAAUUCAAGCCCGAUAUCAUCAUCGCUAUCGGAGGUGGAGGAUUUAUCCCAGCGAGAAUCCUCAGAACUUUCUUGAAAGAGGCGAAUAUUCCCACGAUACGGAUCUUUGCGAUCAUUUUGUCGCUGUAUGAAGAUCUCACGGUUGUUGGAGCCAGUGAGGAGCGUCCUGGCGUUGCUGUGAAGAGAACGCAGUGGAUAGACUACGAACAAUGUAAGUUGGAUCUAGUGGGCAAGAAUGUGCUUAUCGUCGAUGAAGUUGACGAUACGCGUACCACGCUUCACUAUGCGCUCAGUGAGCUCGAGAAGGAUGCUGCGGAACAAGCUGCGGCUCAGGGUAUCGACCUUGCCGAACAACCCGAAAUGAAGACCAAUUUCGGUAUUUUUGUUCUGCACGACAAGCAGAAGCCCAAGAAAGCAGAUCUGCCUGCCGAUAUGUUGGACGAUGAGACCAGAUACAUUGCGGCCAGACGUGUUCCUGACUUGUGGUAUGCGUAUCCAUGGGAGUCCACGGACAUUGUAUACCACACCAAACGCGCCAUGGAACAGGGCAACGACGUUUUCCUGCCAUGA